CGGUGCUAUCGUCUUCCUUCAAAGAAAGCGUAAGACUAACUCAGUUGUCUCUCUGUUUCUUCCAUACGCUGUAAGGAUCACCAUUACCUGAGUGGGGAGGACCCUACAAUGGCGUCUUCUGAACGAGAACUCCAACCAACAAAUGAAGGUGCUGGCCGUGAAAAACCAGAGCUGGGCGUUACUGUCACCGGAGUCCAGCCGUCUUUCACCGCCCCUCCGCCACGGGUGACCCUUAAUCCGGCCGACUGCGAAAUAGAUUUUGAUAUAGGAUGCAAUGGACUCCAAGGCUCAGCACUUUAUCAAAAUGUGUUUGCUUGGUGUUGGUCUGGUGCUCGCGCGAAUGUAGGAAUAACUGGAGGGAAGUACUGUUUUGGAUGCAAAAUCAUUUCAGAUCAGCCUAUACACCUAGUGGACACCCCACCGUUCCGAAACAAUUUAUGUGCAGUUGGCGUGUCAAGGGGAGAUGAUCCUGUUGGAAACCUUGGAGAAAGCUUGCAUAGUUUUUUUUACUGGGCAACUGGAAAGACUUACACUGGUGGAAGGAGUUCUUACUAUGGUUGUAGGGUUGAUUACUAUGGUGAGAGUUUUGAGGUUGGUGACACAAUAACCUGUUGCCUUGACCUUGAAACUUCCGAUCAUCCACUCGUCAGUUUCUCCAAGAAUGGGGAAUGGUUGGGAGUGGCAGGAAAUAUAGAGGAUCAUCUAAUUGAACAUCCAGAUCAGCAGUCUGCUUUUUUCCCUCAUAUUGUACUGAAAAAUGUUGUGGUUCGCUUACAGUUCAGUGUGGAGGAUGGAUUGGAAGUGGUUAACGGGUAUAAGCCAUGGGCGUCUGCUAUAGAGGAUGGAAAAGCAUUGCCAGGACCAAGUUUCUCAGAUAUUGAUGAUUGUGAACUUAGGAUGCUGGUGGGUUUACCCGCUUCAGGAAAGAGUACUUGGGCAGAUGAAUGGGUGAAGGAGCACCCCGAGAAGCGUUAUAUUGUUCUUGGGACAGGUUUAAUCUACGAUAAAAUAAAGGCACAUGCUAUAACAAACAAGUAUAACUAUGGUGAGCGGUUUGAUGAGAUCAGUAACACACUUUUACCCAGAGCUUCAAAGCUUCCCCGUAAUUUUAUACUUGAUGAAAGAAAUCUGAAUAAGAUUGAUCGUACGAGCAAACUGGAGCAAUUCUCAAACCAUAAAAAGAUCGCUGUCGUGUUUUUUCCAACAUUUCAAGAGCUCCAAAUGCGUUGUGAUAAACAACUCCAAGAAAAGUGGUCGGAAGGUGAUAAAGUUAGUAAAGUACCAAUGAUUCCAAUGAAUGAGAUGAUAGUCAAUUUCUCUUUACCAACGAGCAAAGACAUGCCUUGUGCAGAUGAAUACUUUGAUGAGGUUAUGUUUCUAGAGCUGGGAAGGGAAGAGGCACAAAGGUGUUUGGAUGCAAUGAAGGCACAUAUACAUUCGGGACUACCAACAAAUCUUGCACCACAUUCAAGAUCAGAAGAAGCAAUUGAUAUGAAUCCUGCACCUGCACCUCGAUAUGAUCCUGGGACUUCAUCUGUGCAACCACCUGGCGGAGGAUAUGCACCGGACAGAGAGAUGCCACCGGAAUCCUAGCCUCUUUUCAGGCACUACUGAUGAACAGCUUCUGGAUAGGUUGACCAAUACAUACAAUGGAUAGAGCAUAAGAGAAAAAGGGACGAAGUAAAUAGAAGGGAGUGAAUAUAUCUCAAUGUGGCUAUUCUUUUGAAACCUCACUCUUCUGAAUGUUGACUUGCUUGAAAUCUAACAACUUCAUGUGUGUGUAUAUGUUUCAUUAUUCAUAAUUCAUCUCAAAUAUUACGUAGUACCCCGUACUAUUUUUUAUAACCAAAGUGGUUUUUACAACAUACUAAAUAUUACGUUGUACACCAUUAAUAAUACUCCGUAAUGACUUUUGAGAUUGUUUGUACCUGUAGUUAGUCUCCACUUUUGAGA